AUGAAGUCGUCAACUCUUCUCGCUGUUGCAGCCUCUCUGCUUUCUCUCGCAGGCGCCUGGGAAAUAACAUGGAACGACGCCAACGGCAACAACCACACCAAGUCUGGCCACGGGCCCAGCGACUGUAUCGCAAUUGAUAACCCGAAGGGUCAUCUAUUCAAAAUCGAUUCCCAGGGCGAACAAGGUAUCAAUAUGCUUCUUUUCACCAACAGCGCCUGCUCUGGUGACUCAGCCGGCAUGGCCACCGAUGUCUUCUCCAAGGAAGCUUCUAAAGAUCUUCUCGGCUUCAAGGUCGAGAGUCUUUCGUCAACAGCUUCUGGCAAUAGCACUACUACCGCGGGAAAUUCCACAGCUACCGGCCACAGUGCUACGACGGCCACGACAACGAAGACUGAGGCUUCGAGCCACUCUGCUUCGACCACUGGCAGCACUAGUGCGUCGAAGACUACUGAAACCACUGUCGUGACGAGUGCAGCUGCGACGACGAGCUCCAGCACCUCUGGUAGCGCAUCUUCCGCGAGCUCGAGUGCUGCCCCUGCGAGCACCUCCAAUGCGGCGGUUCGGAUGGCAGGUUCGAACGCUGACAUUGUGAAGGGAGUGAUGUGUGGCAUCGUUGGGCUAGCGGCAUGGAUGAUUUAG